AUGCGUGCCGCCGCUGAGCUCCUUCGCUUCAUGCAGCGGGGCGCUGCCAUUCGCAUUCGUAUCCACCGAUGCGAGCGCCGCAGCACCGUCCUGUCCAUGCUGUGGUGGGCCGCUGCCCUUCUGGUUGCGGCGGGCACGCUCUACCUGGCCAUUCCACCCGCGGCCUUUGAGUCAGCGGUGGCCCUUUCCUGUGGCAGCGGCUGGUGGCGCUCAUGCGCCGCAGUCUGGGCGCUCGCGGCCCUGGCGACCCUCGUCUUCAGGUCAGCGGCAGGCAUCGUCCACUCUGCCAAUGCCGCGAUCGCUGCAGCACUGGGCAUGCGCGGCAGGCAACCGGCGAUCCCGCCGCCGCCGUCACAUGCCACCAUGGCGGCGGGCGGCACACUGGCACUCGCCACCGAGACCAUUGCGCACGCGGGGACAGCGCCGACGACCCCCCACCCAGCCCAGCUGACAGGCGCAAUGGCCCCCGCCGGUAGCCCGCGUCGCCCGCUCGUCUCGACGGCGCUGGUCUCUGCGCCGCAUGCUACCAUGCCUGCGCGGUUUUCACACGUCGGCGCAAGCACCGCGCGCUCCCCCUCUGGGGGCAUCGACCUGGGGGUGCUGCAGCAGCUGCUGUGCGAGCACCAGCGCGGCGCCACAGCGCAAGGCACCUGUUCCGGGGUCGCGUCCCUUCCACAAAUCGUGCGGGAGGCUGCAGGGCGCGAAUCACUUUACCACUCUCCGCUGCGGCACGUUUUCAUCGGCGCGAAGGUGCUUGACCAGCCCCAGGACUUCCAGGCCUACGCAUCGCGCCUCUCCAGCGAGGUGGCCUCCUCCCUCGGCGCCGCCAUGGCACAGAAGGCGCCUCCUGCUCAGCUCGGCUCCGCCGUUGUCCCCUAUGCCACCCCUGCCGUGGUCACCGCCAUAGCCGCCACAUCGCCGCCGCGCCUGCCCACCCUUGUGCGCACAAUCGCACUGGACGGCUGCGUGCAGCUCGUUGCCUGGGCUGUCGGCGCGCAAUCGCCCCCCGCAAGCGGCGGUGUUGCGCUGUGCACGCCCAGCCGCACCCCGUCGUUCGCGCAAGCCCAUCAAUUUGAGCGGGGCGUGCUCGACGAGCUGCUCGCGGGCAGCGGGCUGCUCCGCAGCGCAGCAGCCGCCACGCUCCAGGCCGGCGGCACAGUCGCAUCCCUGGGCGGCGCGGCCGCCCCGCCCUGCUUCUCGUCGCUCUGCGCCGGCGCCCCAGCAGUCGAGGGUGGUGCCGAGGACCUCCAACUGCUCUACGCCUGGCCCUGCUGUCUCCCCGCCGCAUCAUCAAGCACAACCUCAGGCAACGCCGCUGCAGUCGCGGGCCCAACCCGCGUGGAGGUCUGCCUCGCGCCCGCCAGCGCCGCGGCCGCGGCGGGCGUGCGGUGGCUGCCGGCGCGCGCGCUGCUGUCCGACGGCGCCGGCGUGCUGCUGGACGCACCGCUGGUGCUCGACACCGCGCGGCCUGUCGCCAGGGUGGAGCUGCCCCCCCACCUCGCCCUGCAGCAGGGCGCCUACGAGCUCUGCAUCCUGUCAGGGCCAAGACCAACAGCAACCAACGCCGCCGCCAACUUCCGCCCCGUUGUCACAACAACGCCGCCGCCGGCGCGCCGCCCCGGCCCCUUUGACGCGCCGCCCGCGUCCCCGCUUACUGGCGCCGCGGCCCGCGCCGGGCGCGACAGCGCAGACGAGAUGCCCAGAAGCGCCGCGGGCACGUGCUGCGGCGCCGCGCCACGCUGGGGCAGCUCCUCCGGCACCUCAACGGGCCGAACGACAGCCUCUCAGCCCUCGACGCAGGACGACUGCGCAGCUGCAGGCGCUACAGCGAUCGCCGGGGCGGCGGCCCUGCUGCCACCUGAGGGCUGCGUGCUCGCGUCGCUGCCGCUGCUGGUGCUGCCAGGCGCCGCCGCAGCCGAGCUGUCCACUCUGCUCGACACCAUGGCUUCAGAAGAGGAGGCAGCAACGGCCGUGCCCGUCCCAUCCACUGGCGCGGCUACUCCCUGCCUCGAGCCCCUUGCUGAGGUCGACACGGUGUCGCCGGGCGCACCACCCGGCCUGCUCAGCCGCAUGAGCGGCGCCCUGGGGCUGCACUCUUGGGGCACAGCUGGCUGCGCUGCUCUUGAGCCGCAGCCCUUCGCCUGGGACGCGCCCCUGCCGCCGCCGCCGGGGCCCCGCGUCGCGGCAUGGCGCGACCACUGGCGGCCGCUGCUGGACGACCUGAGCUUUGUGGCCGCCCUGGCGACGUGCGGCGCCGCGGCGGUGCAUGAGAUGGGUACAGAGGGGGCCGGCGAGCUGGCGCGCACCACAGCGGUGCUUCUAGACUACCUUCUGAGCAACAACUGCUGCUCCACUGCCGCCGCCGUGAUGUCCACUGCCGCCGCCGCGGGCCUGCCCUUCACCUGGCGCGGUGAGGAGCUGCCGACCGCUGGCAUCGCCGACGCCUCCACCCCGGCCCAAGGCGGCCUGGCCGCCCUGCUCGCGUCAGAGAUGGCCCGCGAGGGGCUAGAGCAGCAGCAGGCGCAGCACCGCCAGCGCGCGGAGCACGCGGCCCAGAUCGAGCCCGCAGUUGAUGCGACCGGCGUCGCUGGGCCUUGCAGCGCUGACAUCGCUGCGCCAGUCGCGGGCAGCAUCCUUAAGGACCUGCGCCUGCCACCCGCUGGCAGCGCAGCGCGAAUGGGCUGCAGCUACGGCGGCGGCACCAUCGCCUGCAGCCCGCACACGCCGCAAGCGGCUGUCGCGUCCCCUGCGACGCACGUGUGGCCGCUCGGCUGUGCGCGGCGGCCCGCUGUGGUGUAG